GUUGGACCAACCUAUUGAAAGGUUUGGAUGUCACAUGCACUAAUAGAUUGGAUGUUAUCCACUCGUUGGACAGUACUUUGGUCCAAUCGGUUGGACUUGAGACCUACUCCCUCCCUCUCUCUCACCAAACUACUAAAAUAAAAAGGAAACCAGCUAAAGCAUUCUAUCACUAAACUAGUAAAUAAAAAAGGAGACCAGCUAAACCAUUCUAUCAUUGCAGGCAUGGCUAAAGGAGAUGUGAAGCUGUUUGGUGUAUGGUCGAGCCCUUUCACUCUCAGAAUCAUAUUGGCAUUGAAACUGAAAGGAAUUGAAUUCGAAUACAUAGAAGAAGAUCUCUCCAACAAAAGCUCUCAGCUUCUUGAGUACAACCCAAUACACAACAAGAUACCGGUCCUCGUCCACAACGGCGAACCGAUUGUCGAAUCGCUGAUCAUUCUUGAAUAUAUUGAUGAAAUUUGGAAAGACAAUCCCAUUUUGCCGGUCGACCCUUACGAAAGAGCUACUGCGCAGUUCCUAGCUAAAUUAGGAGAUGAAAAGUGUUUGGCAGCCAUUUGGCAAGUUUUUAUCACCCAAGGGAAGGAACGAGAAGAAGCAAUUGCUCCAGCCAUAGAGAGCCUGAAACCCUUAGAAGAGGCGCUCAUCGGAAAGAAAUUUUUCAGCGGGGCAACGAUUGGAUUUGCAGAUAUUUUGCUCGGCUGGAUGGCAAACAUGGUCAAAGUCCUUGAAGAAAUCAUUGAUCAGAAGAUAAUCGUUGAGGCGAGAUAUCCAUUACUGUCAGCAUGGAUUGAGAAUUACUUGGAUUUUCCUGUCAUUAGAAACAACUUGCCACUUCAUGAUAAAAUGGUUGAAAAAUUCCGUGCACGUCGCCUCAGUUGCAUGAAGUGA